CCGCACUUGUUAACUUCAGUCACACCUGGAAAAGGUUAAACCAGUUGUUCUUCUCACUCCAAACUUUGCACUUUCCACUGAAAUAGCCGUUAAGGACAUACAGCAUCUACAGAAAGCGUGGAUUUUUCAUACUGUACAUUUUCGUUACUAAGGAAAGAUGCUUUGUGGCCAAAACGUGUUUUUAUUGUUCUUUGGAUGCAUCACUUGCCUUCAUUUGGCUCCAGUUGUAAUUGCAGACGGUCGUGUGUUUGUUCUGGAGCUGAAGAACUCCUCUGGCCUGAUGGGACACAGAGACGCUGAGCGAGCCUGUGCUUUACAACAGACCCGACUCGCCUCAGCAGAAGAGCUCCAUCAAGCUGUGGCCGACUGCUUUUUCUCAACAUGUGCCCGUGGGUGGCUAUAUGGAGGCACAGUGGGGACCACAGUAUGUAAUGUUGAGACUGGUACUCUGAAAGCUGUGGAUGUAAAAGUUGAAAACGUCACAGAGGACUUCACAAACCUGGAUGCCUUUUGUAUCAAAGACAAAGGUAAACCGUGUGGUGAUCCGCCUUCCUUUCCUCACGCUCACCUCCAGGGCCAUACAGGGUUUGAGCUGGGAGAUGAGCUGCUAUACUCCUGCAUGCCUGGUUAUGUGAUGCCCAGUGGAAACGGUGCUUUCAGUCUGUUGUGUGACAGCUGUGGGGAGUGGUAUGGUCUGGUUCAGCUUUGUGUAAAAGAUGACACCGAGAGCCCCGUUGACUAUGAAGACCAGUUUACAGACUCUGACAAGCAGCCCAAGGGUCCAGAGGAAGCUCAAGGCCAGGUCUAUCAAGAGGUGCACGACGCAAUGUUUCAGAAUGAGAAGGAGCACAAGGAAAUAACCAUCAGUGUCGAUGAGGCCGAACACCAACAUGAACAAGCAGCACUAGAUGAACCUGGAGUGUCCAUUGAUUUGAGUAAGAAACUGCAUGAUGCUCCUUUAGGAGAGGAACAGGCUGAAGAAGGCGGUGUUGGAGAUUUUAUUGUGAAUCAAAGCUGGGGCCAGGAGAGGACAGAGGUGGUCCGGACUGAGGACAUACCAGCUACACACUCCCCUGUGUCCCUGCUCUCCCAAAAGCACAUGUUCUGGUUUCCAUCUGAAGCCUUCCACGACGGACAUCCAGUCUCCACAAACUCUGCCACUCAGAGCUCCACAGGGGUCCAAUCAAAUGAGAGCAAGGAGCAGGAGAGCAAAGAACUGGACCAGCAGCAAACUGUGGACUUUGAGGGUCAGGUAGUGACAUUUGACAAUCAUAAUGACAGCCGGAGUCAUGAGCAAGACACCUUAGACAGCCACCAGGAGAAAGACGAUCAUGUGACUGUCUACAUUCCCACUCAACACAAUGUGGACCUUUCAAGACAUGAUCGCUAUGACGACCCUGACCGCCACGAUGAUCACUAUGACAUGGGAGAGCACGAAGAAGACCGAAUCCGCGUCCGCUUCGACAGUCGGGAAUACGAUGGACUGGAGCAGAGUUAUGAUGAACAUGAAAGUUAUGAGGACCACAGAGAGGAACAAACAGAUGUGUCCCAGGAGCAGGUAGACCAUGACAACCAUGAUGAUAAAGAGGAACCAUAUGACCCAGAGGAUAACGACAGCUACGAGGACAAUAGUCAGGAACAUGUGACUCUUACAAUAGAUGGUGGAAAACAGAAUGUAUCCCUGAAGGCCACAGAAACAAAAGCAACCACCGAUGACACGUGGUUAGAUGGGUAUCCCAUUGUGCAAAAAGAGGAGGGACAAGAUACCUCCAUAACAGGGAAAGAGCAGGAAGUUACGGUUACAGAGAACCCAAAUGAAAUAGAUGUUUUUCUCAAUACAGGAUUUCCAAAUACAGAGCCAGGGUUAAAUCAACUGGGUAAAGAGGAUACGACUCCUCCUGCUCGCCCAGACCCUUCGGAUGCUCAUUCAUUUUCUGACACCAUUGACUAUGACACACAACAGGCCGCACCCACCGACUCCUGGCAUGGUGACCUCACAGAGCACCCUUACCUCGCUCAGGGCCCUGUGCCACCUUUGAAUGACUUCGGUGGACUCGGAGGUGUAGAAGAGCACACCAUCGAUAACCUCCCAGGGCAAACUGGUGAAAGGGGUGAGAUAGAGGGGGAGAAAGGGGAGGCGGUAUGUGCGGACGAGAACUGCCCACCUAGACCUCCAAGUUCAUCGCGCAGAGGUCCAACAGUGGCAGCCAUUAUUAUAGCAGUGUGUGUUGUAGCUGCAGCGGUGAUCAUGGGAGUGUGGUGUUACCGACGGCAACUGCAGAAAAGCUCAGUGUAUGAAAUGAACGGUAAAGGCCAAAGUCAGAAGAGACAAGGGCAACAGAUAGAGAUGCAGCAGAAAGUCUAAGCACAUGGAGGAGACAUGGACUCAUUUUGAAUGGUUAGGAAUAUUCAAAGACACUAUUGAUACUAGUCCUUAUUUAAAUAUUGUGGGUCCAAAUAAAUUAACUAAAACUGACUGAUAUCCGAUGGAAAAUACACAUUCAAACACUUUCAAAUGAAACCCCUUUCCCUCUGAAGUUAAAGAACAAACCAUCAUCAUUAUUAAUCUAAAUGAAAAUGAAUGUCUUCAAAUCCAAGGUUAACAUUUAUU